CGAGCACUGAAACGCAGUCGUCGACUCUCCACUGCACACCCCACCUCGCAGCACGUCGUCAGCUAGACCCCGCAGAAACACACACACGAUUCGACAGCAUGGACUACUACGAGAUUCUCGGUAUCGUCCGGGGGGCGACCGACCAAGACAUUAAAAAGGCGUACCGCAAACUCGCGAUGAAAUGGCACCCGGACAAGAACAAAUCAAACCGUGACGAAGCCCAAGCCAAGUUCCACGAGAUCUCGGAAGCGUACGACGUGCUGAGCGAUCCGGCGAAAAGGGCGACCUUUGACCAGUACGGGUACGAAGGGCUGCACAAUGGCGUGCCCAACGCCGAUGGCGACGUCCGGGAAGGGUACCAGUUUCAGGACCGGCAGGGCGAGGAGAUUUUCAACAAAUUCUUCGGCACGAACAACCCGUUUAGCGACUUUGGUUUUGGGGAUACGUUGCCGUUUGCGGGGGCGCUCAAGAAGAAGGGGCUGGAGAAGAACCCGCCGAUUGAAAAGACGGUCGAGUGCACGCUCGAGGAGCUGUUUGUCGGGGGCGUGACCAAGAAGAUCACGAUCGUGCGCACGCGGUUCAUGGGGAACAACGACCUCGUGGAUGACACCAAGGUGUUUGCAGUCAAAGUGCAGCGCGGGUGGUCCGCGGGCACCAAGGUCACGUUCGAGAAUGAAGGGGCCGAAACCAAGGAGCUGCGGGCAGGCGACGUCGUGUUUACGAUCGUCGAAGCCAAGCACGCCACGUACACCCGCGUGAAGAACGACUUGGUGUACUUGGCCAAGGUGAAGCUGGCAGACGCGCUUGCCGACUGCACGGUGGACGUGCCGACGCUGGACGGGCGCAAGCUGGCCAUUUCGUGCAACGAAGUGCUCAGUCCAACGUCAGAAAAGGUAAUCCAAGGCGAAGGCAUGCCCGUGGUAGCGGAGGGGCCACAAGACAGUGGCGAAGGUGUGCGAGGCAACCUGAUCCUCAAGUUUCACAUCGUCUUUCCAAAGUACCUGACCUCGUUACAAAAGACAGCCCUCGUGAAAAUCCUCGGCCAAUGAAAACUCCAGCUUAUGCCAUAAACAAUCUAUGUAUUGCGUACUACACGAAUCCAACCAACAAUGUGCAA